AUGCCUUUUCUCUUUCUAUUCUACUCUUUCUACUUAGCUCCAUCUUUUCCUUGUUCCUCUUCUUCACCUUUCCAUACCUUCUUCUCCUCUUCUUCCUCUUUUUUCCAUUUUCUUAUCUUUUUCUUCUUCCUCCUCCAUAUAUUCAUUUUAUUCUUCUUUCUUGUAUACUUUCUUUUUCCUCCUCUGCCUCCUCCUCUAAAAUUUUUCUUCUUCUUUCCAUCCCUUCUCUUUCUUCAUCUUUUUAUUCUUCCUUCUCCACAUCCACCUUCUGUUUUCUCGUUCAUUCCUUCUUUUUCCUCAUCUUUUUAUUCUUCUUUCUUAACAUUCUUCUCCUUUUAUCUCUUUCAUUCUUUCUUUUUCGUAUUCAUCAUCAUUUUAUUCUUUCUUCUUCAUAUAUGCUUCCUCUCCCUUUCAUUUCUUCUUUUUCUUCCUCCUAAUCAUCUUUUUAUUUUUGCUUCUCCCCAUCCCUCAUCCUUCUUUUUUUUCUUCAUCAACAUAUUUUUAUUUUCUCUUCCGUACUUUCUUCUUUUUCUUCCAUCUCAUCUUCAUCUUUCCUCACCUUUUUUUUUAUUCUCCCUCCUCCACUUUUUCAUCAUUCUUUCUUUUUUCCUCACCUUUUUAUUCUUCCUCUCCACAUCUUCAUCAUUCUCUUUCUUUUUCCUCAUCUUUUUAUUCUCCCUCCUCCACCUUUUCAUCAUUCCCUUUCCUUUUCCUCAUCUUUUUAUUCUCCCUCUUCCACAUCUUCAUCAUUCUCUUUCUUUUUCCUCAUCUUUUUAUUCUCCCUCUUCCACUUUUUCAUCAUUCUCUUUCUUUUUCCUCAUCUUUUUAUUCUCCCUCUUCCACUUUUUCAUCAUUCACUUUCUUUUUCCUCAUCUUUUUAUUCUCCCUCUUCCACCUUUUCAUCAUUCCCUUUCCUUUUCCUCAUCUUUUUAUUCUCCCUCUUCCACUUUUUCAUCAUUCUCUUUUUUUUUCCUCAUCUUUUUAUUCUCCCUCUUCCACAUCUUCAUCAUUCUCUUUCUUUUUCCUCAUCUUUUUAAUUCUCCCUCCACUUCUUUAUCUUUUUAA